GGCAAACGCCAUUCGAUUAUUAUUUUUGAAGGACCUCAUCCCAUGUGAGUAAAAUAUUGGCGGGAGAAGAACGUAAAUAUCGUCAAAAUAUAGUCAGUACAGCAUAUUUGCAGGUUUUUUAAUUUCGCACUAACAUAUUAUAAUUCAAUUCUUUCCGAAGUGUGUAUACUUAGUCAUUAGUUCUGUUAUUACCGUUUUUACGAGUUUUUCAUCCGACUACGAAAAUGCCAAUGUUGGCAUGACCGUCAUCGAUCAUCAAAUAGUUUAAAAUAAUGAAUAGAGCAUUGGCACCGAGUCAAAAAGGUAAACGUCCUCUGCUGGGUGACAUAUGUAAUAAUUUGGUGCCCAGAGAGCAAGUUGUUCCAUCUUCACAGACAUUAUCGCCGAAACAAAGACUGAAAAGGCCAAGGAAAAAUAACGACCCAACAAUUACUAUAGGAGAGAAAAAAGCAGUUGUUCUCAGUGAAAACGGUAUAGGUGUGACACAGGAAAUAAUUUCUGAACAUGAGGAAAGAGUACGGAAACUACUAUGCAAACCAUUCAAGAUCCCAAUCCCAGGUUAUCAGCUGUCAGGAAGAAGUUUGGGUUCUAGAUUGUCCGGUCCACGAAGACCGCUUCACGAUCCUGAAGAAGCAAAUGCAUUGGUACUUUUUACCCCGCCAGAAAUGUCAGAACAUGACAAACUCAAAGUUGAUCAAACUAAAAUACUGGUCCACGUAGUUGUCGACCCGGCACUUUGUAACAUUUUAAGGCCUCAUCAACGCGAAGGUGUAAAGUUUAUGUACGAAUGUGUGACUGGGAAAAGGAUAGAGGGUGCUUAUGGGUGUAUCAUGGCAGAUGAAAUGGGUCUUGGUAAGACUCUUCAGUGCAUAACGCUCCUCUGGACUCUUUUGAAACAAGGUCCCGAGGUAAAACCAUUGAUCGAGAAAGCAGUAAUUGUUGCGCCAAGUUCACUCGUCAAAAAUUGGUACAACGAAAUCGGCAAGUGGCUUGGAAAACGUGUUAAUCCUUUGGCAAUCGAUGGAGGAAGUAAGCAGGCGAUAGACGAGAAACUUACCGGCUUUAUGAAAACUUACGGUCGUCGAUGUGCCAAUCCAAUAUUGAUAAUAAGCUACGAGACGUUUCGUCUGCACGCUCAUGUGCUCCAUCAAGACGAAGUCGGCCUUGUCCUCUGCGACGAAGGUCACAGACUGAAAAACUCAGAAAAUCAGACUUAUCAAUCAUUGAUGGGAUUGAAAGCAAAACGAAGAGUCCUCCUCAGUGGUACACCAAUUCAAAACGACUUGCUGGAAUAUUUUUCACUCGUUCAUUUCGUCAACCAAGGACUCCUUGGCACUGCCCAAGAAUUUAAAAGAAAAUUCGAAAAUCCCAUCCUCCGAGGACAAGAUGCAGCGGCUUCCGAUUCGGAAAGACAACUCGCCCAAGAAAGACUCGCAGAACUCGUGACUAUUGUGAACAAAUGCCUGAUCAGGCGUACGAGUGCUUUACUUUCCAAAUAUUUACCGAUCAAAUACGAAUUUGUCGUUUGCAUUAAAAUGGGAAAACUUCAGACAGAUCUUUACAAACAUUUUAUCCAGAGCGAAAGUAUCAAAAGAUCAAUGCAAGGUGAUUCUGAAAUUGGAGAAAAAAAAGGAACUCUGUCCGCGCUUUCCGCUAUAACGUUGUUGAAAAAGUUGUGCAAUCAUCCAGAUUUAGUUUAUGAAAAAAUCGUCAAUAACACGGACGGUUUCGAGGGUACUCUUCAAAUGUUACCCUCAAACUACAGUACUAAAGAGGUUUUACCAGAGUUAUCGGGCAAGCUGAUGGUAUUGGAUUGUUUAUUAGCGUCCAUAAAAUCGACGAGUACUGACAAAAUCGUGCUCGUCUCUAACUAUACUCAAACGCUAGAUCUUUUUGAAAAACUGUCACGAAAGCGUCAGUAUCGUUACGUCAGACUCGAUGGGACAAUGUCGAUAAAAAAACGUGCGAAAGUCGUCGACAAUUUCAACGAUCCGAACAGUGGAGAUUUCAUCUUCAUGCUUAGUUCAAAAGCUGGUGGAUGUGGACUCAAUUUGAUAGGCGCUAAUCGUUUGGUCAUGUUCGAUCCUGACUGGAAUCCAGCAAACGAUGAGCAAGCUAUGGCACGGGUUUGGCGCGAUGGGCAAAAGAAACCCUGCUUUGUUUAUCGCUUUCUUUCCACUGGUACGAUUGAAGAAAAAAUAUUCCAACGACAAGCACACAAAAAAGCUUUGAGUUCGACAGUUGUGGAUCAAGAAGACGACGUUUGUCGCCACUUUACUCUUACCGAUCUUCGCGAUCUUUUCACACUAGAAGAAAAAACGAUAUCCGACACUCACGCUAAAUUCAAAUGUAAAAGAUGCGUCAAUGGUGUCGAAGUUAAAGGACCACCAGAACAAUCGGAUUGCAAUUCGGAUUUGUCGGAUUGGCGACACGACCAUAACCCUCGGGCACUGCCAGACAUACCGUUACGACAAUGCUGGUCUAGUGGAAUUUCAUUUGUAUUUCACCAUCGUUCAGCCGAAGUAAUUAAAUGAGAUAACCAGCUUUAAAUAUUUAGUCUCAUCGACAAAACGAAAAUGGGCGAUUCUUUAACAUUUAUAAAUAGCUUCCUCAAAGAAAAGAUAAUGAGAUGGAAUUUCUAGAUGAACCUCAAGCUUCAUCUCGUAUAAUUUGACGCAAAUGAACAAAACAGCAUUUUCAUUCAUCGCAUAUAUGUUCAUUUUUUCAUUACCAAUUUUUCAGUAUUGCCAAACUCAAAUCUUCUUAGAUCAAUUUCCAAUGAAUUUCGUUGCAAUAUUUGUUCGAUACAAAAAUAAAAUGUUUCGUUACAACGAAUCCAUUGGAAAUGAAAAAUAUCUCAGCGUUGAUUCGUUGUUGUAAAAAUCUCGUUGAAUAGCACACUAAAUAAAAUAUAUCUUUUGUACCUCGAA